AUGUCAAAUAAAGCAAGCAAACGUGUAAGGGAAGAUCCUGAAGCGAUCUCAGCAGAAGAACAAGACAAUCCUCCGAUUAAAGAAGCUGAAGAACAAGAAUACUGGUCACCUGAUGAACCUUUCGACUUACCUAAAACAGUUUCAUUUGAGUAUAAAUCUGAUACUGAUCUUUAUGAGUUUAAAAAGGUAAUUUCUAAAGAUUAUCAACAAUUUGUUACCAUGAGCAUUGAUGAUCGUCAAGUACGCGUUUUCAGGUUUUCAACAGGAAAGUUGACCAGAAAAUAUGAUGAGUCUUUAGCAGUUAUGGGAGAAAUGCAACAGGCGGGAACAACUAUUUACAAGUUAGAUGAUAUGGAAUUCGGUCGUCGCCUGGCUGUCGAACGUGAAUUGGAAAAGACACAACAAGCUAAUACCAUGAAUGCAGGUGGUGAGAUUAAUUGGCAAGACGGAACCUCAUCGUUUUUUAAACAUGUCAUUGUAUCAAGGAGCACCAAAGAAAAAAAUGAUUGUUACAUUGGUAAAUAUAUACAUGUUUUUACUUAUUGUUAUAAAAAUGACAUUGCAAUGGCAGCGUCAGACAAUCCUUUGAUGAAAGAAAGCGAAGCUACAGAUCCAACCAUAUUUUGCACAGCAUUCAAGAGAAAUCGAUUUUUCAUGUUUACGCAACGAGAGCCAGACGCGUUAGUUAUUUAUAUAAUUUUUGAGAAAUUCGAUGUAUAUAAUGAAAAACCUUCACGCGAAGAACAAACAGUUGCUUCAGCUACCCCAACCAAACAGAAAUUAGGAAAUACGGCGAUUUUACGAGAUGGAACGGGAGGAGAAUCGGCCUGGGGGUCAGAAUUUGAAGAUGAAUUUCAUAGAGAUCUACGUCAUGAUAGACCAUACACAGUAACAACAGCAGGAAUGGAUGUGAUUCAUACAAUAGAAAACGCCAAAACUGAUAAAUUAGAUAAACCAUUUGAAGAUAUAAAAAUCCUUAACAUAGAAGUUCGAUAA